CGUUCCACAGGGAAGGUCAAGGGGCUCGGAGGCGUUGGGAAAACGAUCAAGGCUACCUGGCUGGGACUCGCCUGCCUCCAGUCUGCGCGAACCCUCGCAGCUCCCCAGGCGCUGCGCCCGCACGGUGGAGGCGGCAUGGCAGGCGUGGAGCAGCACGAAGGCACCUUCCAGGUGCAGGGCCAGAGCCUCUUCUUCCGGGAGGCCCGGCCGGGCGGCGGGCAGGCCGCCCGCUUCUCCGUGCUGCUGCUGCAUGGGAUCCGCUUCUCCUCCGAGACCUGGCAGAAGCUGGGCACGCUGCUCACGUUGGCCCAGGCUGGCUACCGGGCUGUGGCCAUCGACCUGCCAGGUCUGGGGCACUCCAAGGAAGCAGCAGCCCCUGCCCCUAUCGGGGAGCUGGCCCCCAGCAGCUUCCUGGCAGCUGUGGUAGAUGCCUUGGACCUGGGCUCCCCGGUUGUAAUCAGCCCGUCGCUGAGUGGCAUGUACUCCCUGCCCUUCCUCACGGCCCCCGGUUCCCAGCUCCGGGGCUACGUGCCAGUGGCCCCCAUCUGCACGGAGAAAAUCAGCACUGCCGACUACGCCAGCGUGAAGACCUCAGCUCUUAUCGUCUACGGAGACCAGGACCCCAUGGGCCAGACCAGCUUUGCGCACCUGAAGCAGCUGCCCAACCACCGGGUGUUGGUCAUGGAGGGGGCAGGGCACCCUUGCUACCUUGACAAACCGGAGGAGUGGCACACAGGGCUGCUGGGUUUCCUGCAGGAGCUGGCGUGAGGCCCAGCCCUGCCGCCCCCACUGGGGCUCUCUUUCUCCCUCCCUCCCUCCCUCCCUGCACACCUAACAGGUGUGUGUGUGUGUGUGUGUGUCUGUCUGUCUAGAUGCUUGUCUUUCUGGGCCUGUCUGUCUUUUCCUCUUUCUCUUGCAGUGACACACUGAGGAGGUGAAACCAAGAAAAAAAAUUCAGGAAUCAAGGGAUGGGACCUGGUGGAGGGUAACCUGUUUAGAUGAGCUUCUCCUACAGGCUGCCCUGCUCUGUUCUCUCCUUCCGCUGCUCUGCCCAGUCGACCCCUCCCACCUCCUCCUUGGCUGCCCCGCAGAGCACUCGCAGCCCCUACCUGGCCUCUAGGCCACAGAUGCAUACAUGCCCACAUGCAUGCAUACACAUGUCCCCAAACGUGACCCAACCGCACAGCUACACACACCUGACAUGCAGGCUCGGGUGCAGCUUCACACGGCAUGCACAGACACCCGUGCAUGCGUGUGCUUCCACACAAGCACUUGUACAGGCACCCGUGCCCUCCCAACCAUGCAGCACCCCAAUGUCUGGGAAGGUGGGGGCCCCAGGGACUGGUCCUUGCAGGAGGUCCUGUGCAGGGUUUAGGGUGAGGCCUGCCCUGAACUCCACUCACCCACAGGUCGCAGCUGACUCCAGAUCAGAAAUGUCCCCCAAAGGAGAGGGCCGCCCCUUCGACCCUCAGCUUUCCCUGCUCCCCCCUCAUUCUGGGUGCUCCCCCCUCCCCCGUUAUUGGGCCCGGGUCUUCACAGCCGAGCUUCUUUCCUGCUUCGAGGCUGGGGGAGGCGCGGAGGAGAGUGGAGGUCGGCGAAAUAAAGUCAUGCAAUUAGA